GGCAAAGGCAAACAUGUUGUUAGUCUGCAGCGAGCUGUGCUUGCGGACGGACGUCGUGAUGGGGAAGCUUACUUUAUUUUCAUUUUUAGCGUUAUGCCUAUUAAAGACGGCAUACCAAGCUUAUCAAGUACCACCUGCUAAGCUAGAAGCAAUUUAUCCCAAGGGACUCAAAGUAUCCGUAAAAGAUGACGGCUUCUCUCUAUUUGCCUUUCAUGGCAACUUGAAUCAAGAAAUGGAAGGACUGGAAGCGGGACAAUGGGCGCGAGAUAUAACUAAGCCCAAGAAUGGAACUUGGAUCUUCAGAGAUCGAAACGUGGAACUAAAACUCGGAGACAAAAUAUAUUUCUGGACUUAUGUGAUCAAGAAUGGUCUUGGUUACAGGCAGGAUAAUGGGGAAUGGACGGUGACUGAAUUUGUCACAGAGGACGGAUUACCAGUGACAAAUAAUAUGCCCAUUCUCGACAAUCGAGAAUCUGAAGGCAGUUCAACAACUAAUCGACCAAUAUGUGCUGCUUCCAAAACCGUUGUGCAAGGUUUUUCGACAGUUUGUCAAGGAAAUCUUAUUUUCUCUGAAGAUUUUGACAAGGCAAAAUUAGAAGACCUCAAAAAUUGGGAUCCUGAGAUCAUGUUUCCCCGAGGACCGGAUUAUCCAUUUAACGCCUACCACAUCGACGGAACUGUGAGCCUAGAUAAUGGCGCGCUGAAAAUUAAACCAGAACUUACGGAAUCACACUUCCAUGAAGGAGUCUUGAGCGAACAAUGGGAUUUAACAAACAGAUGCACCGGGAAACUCAGUACGUGGGAAUGCUCUCAGUCAGCAUCAGGAGCCCAAAUCCUGCCGCCCGUAAUAACCGGAAAACUGACCACUAAAAAUCAUUUCAACUUCAAAUUCGGCAAAAUCGAAAUAAGAGCGAAACUGCCUGCCGGCUCCUGGUUGAUGCCAGAAAUCAAUUUGGAACCACGUGAUAAUGUAUACGGAAGUGAACGCUACGCUUCCGGCCUGAUUCGAAUAGCUUAUGCUAAAGGAAAUCCGGCGUUCGCUAAGACAUUGUACGGUGGACCGAUACUUUCUGACGCUGAACCAUAUAGAUCGUACCAUUUGAAAGAAAAACUUGGUAUCGAGAACUGGAACAAGGACUUUCACAUUUACACCUUGAUUUGGAAACCUGAUGGAAUCGAGAUGCUAGUAGACGGUGAGACCUACGGCACGGUGCGGCCGGGGGACGGGUUCUACUCCAGCGCUCGCGACCGCGCCGUGCCGCACGCCGCCGGCUGGCUGCGCGGCUCGCUCGUGGCGCCGCUCGACCAGCUGUUCUACAUAACCUUGGGUGUCCGUGUGGGUGGUAUUCACGACUUCCCCGACAGUCCUGACAAACCUUGGGAGAACCGCAGCAGAAAGGCACUCUACAAAUUCUGGCAGAACAAGGACCACUGGUAUCCUACUUGGUACUCACCCGAAAUGAUCGUGGACUAUGUACGCGUAUACGCUCUGUAAUACAUUUUGGAAAUAAUAAACGUGUCAUAAAUCUG